AUGGCGUAUAUCUCGAUGUCUCCUCCUCACCGGCGGCCGCUGAUGCGCGGUUGCGCCGUAAAUCUGCGCGACGCAGAACAAGAACUGCUUGUCGAAGGAGAACUCACGUUCCUCAACUCGAUCGGACCGGCGACGAAGGUCUGUGGCGAGUUGGUUGCGAUCAACCCGAAAACGGGCUAUGACGAAAUCGCAGAUCCGGAACGGUUCCAGCGACAAAUGCCUGAUGCGCAGGCUAGAGCAGUUUCUGACGUCAGCAUCGUCUUCGACGACGAGGAGGAAAGCGACACGCGAUGGUAUUGGCGGCUACAUGUUUUUCACCCUUCCCAGAUAGUGAGAGACAUCGAAAGAGAUGCGGCGUUAUCGCCGAAACAGGCGAUCAACCUCUUCAAUGCAGCUACCGAGGACGGUAUUAUCGAUUUUGAUUUCGUUCCUGAACCGAUGGCGCAGUCACAGCGAACUAGCGCGUCACCGGAUUCGCACGUAGAAACGCUGCAGAAACUAACAGAAGCUAUCCAAGCUUCAACUGCACAGCAGACGGAGAAUAGCUCCAAUAGCAUGCAAGUUUUAGCAGAAGCCAUUACCAACCAACUUGGAAACGCAGCAGCAGACCAAGAAAACGGCUUUCGGUCACUCGCAAGCGCACUUCGCGAGCAAUCGAAGGCGAGUACGGGCACCACCGAGACCUCUGCGGCGGAGCGCAACAAGAGAGAGGUGCAGAAGCAAGUUGCUUCGGUGAAAAUGGCGGUGGGAACCAAACUCGUUUUCGGUACGGCACGCGAGUUUGAAACGCAGCUCGAGGUCUACACUCAGGCGUGCAGCGACGCGGGUUUGACCGAUUCCAAAGCAUGGGUUCGCACUUUAAAGGCGUGCUCCCAGGAGCUUAGCAACGCUGCGGCUUUCAUGCAGGACUUUGUCUUGUCGGUUGGUAGCGACAAGCUUUACUCCGACACGGAACUAGACGAGGAUGCGUGGACAAAUCUCAGACGGCAUCUCGUUGGCGAAUUUCUGCCUACAAAAGCGGGCGUCAGUACGAGCAAGAAGCCGCGCGACGUCAUGAAAGAGUACAGCGAGGUCAAGGCCUCUGCGGACGAAAUGUCUACGGUGAAGAAAUUCGAAAAGUUCAUCACUCGCUACCGGAUUGCGCGUAUGCGCAUGCAGCAGGCUGGACUGAUCAUCCAAUCGAUUCGCGAGGUCGAAGACGUGAAGUUGAAGCUGCUGCCGGAGGCAAUUGCCUAUCUCGAAGCGCUACCAGAAUUGUCGCAGCCUAACUGCGUCGACAAGAGCGAUGGAGAAAUUUCGCGGAUCAUCGGCGGAACUAGCAGCGAAGCGAAAGGUCUGAAAGACCAAGAACCGGAAAUCUCUAUUUGGGAUUGCUGCCGCCGAUGGAUCCAAUCGAGAAUGGAGCUCGGACCGAAGGCACAGAUCAACUUUGUGCGUGGCGCUGGAGAUAGAUUUCCUCCUCAAGGUGGUAAUGGAAAAAAGGGUGGUGGAAAAGGUAGUGGCGCCAAGGGCGAGUCGCAGACACAAACGUGCUCGCGAUGCCACGGUGUCCACCCAGGACCUUGUCCCGGAAACCUCCUCUCGCAGGCAGAGCGAGAAGAAAUAUGGAAUUCCGGAAAACGUUGCAACUACAAAUGUGCAGGACGAGAAUGUGGUGGUCGCAACCACCUUGCCGGAACGCAUAGGCAGUCUGCGCAAAAGCUAAAUGAGCAGAAAGCUGCGCAGCGCGGUAAAGGGAAAGGCACUGGCAAGCAACCAGGCAAGAAAGGCCAGCCACCGCGAAGAACCAACACCAGCGCGGUGACCACCGGAGAACAAGAGCAGCAAGCUGAUGCUGGUGCUGAGGCGUUCUGUCAACCAACCGAUGACGAGACUGCGCGUGGAGUGAUUGCUGCUGCAGUCCACACAGCGUCGACUCCUGGUUGGAGUACAGCUCCUCCUGGUGGCACUACGAAAACAAAGUUUGCAUUUGUUGAUGAUACAGAUGCCAAAGUACCUAUCACGAUUGAGUCGUGCGAGCGUGAGAUUCUCGCGGGGGUGCCUCAGCACUUGCAGAACCCGUGGCUUCUCGAUGGCAGCGAAGAUCACAGUCCUCCUGCUGUCCAGCCGGAUCGUGGGGUCCACGGAGACCAGCCGAUCGCCGAGAUUCAAUUCGAAUGUUUAGCGCGAAAAUUUUGCGAAUUUUCUGAGCAGAUGCCGAACAGGAUCAACAUAGCGGCGGUCAAUAACGGUGAACACCAAGAGAGCGUCAUCAAGAUUGGCGACUCGUGCCAGAGGAUCAAGGAGGACUCCUGCUCUGGUCGUGGUUUGGCGAGUCGUGCUUGGGUGGAGGCUGCUUCGCGUAGCCCUCACACGGACUAUGCAAUUUUGCGUACUUUCAAGGGGCCAGAGGUCGAAUGCUCCGGCUUUGAGACCGGUGCGUCUUCGGUUGUUGCUGACGAAUGCGUCAUGAUAGAAACGCAGCGUGUCGACGUUUCUGGCAGAACGAAGGCGAGGAUCUCGAUUUUUCUCAUCAUCGCGAGUCUUGCAUUUUCGUUGCUGUUCGGUUGGUCGCAACUUGUUGCAGAUCAAGCACAACCGGUCUACGCGUAUGCGGAAGGCGCAAAUGGCAUAACGAUGCCAUACCACGUUGGUACGAAUUACACGAUCCUCGAGGCUGGAGAAGAAACAAGAAUCUAUACGCCUCGUGAUCUCAUCGAACAUCUACCCGAGCAAGGAGAUGUCGACUGGCGGUUCUCUCCUUCGAAUCCUUUUGGUACAGAUCCGUUUCCGCAGGCGGUUAACGUUUUUGCUAGUGCGGCUUUGCAGCGCAAAAAAGCACGCUGGGCGGGUCAGCACGAUUUGCUUCGCAAGGCAAUCGAAGAAGAGGAUCGAAAGCGAGCCUCCUACAGGAAACACGAUAUGUACUCCGAGGAGUACAAGCAGAAUUUGCGCGACUCGGUCGACAAACGAUACGGUCAUCUGCAUCCAGAAGUAGUUGCAGAGAUCAAGAACAUCACCAGCGAGUUCUCCCACCUGCUUUGGCAGAAGAGAAGGGAUGCCCCUUCAAAACGAUUGAAGGAUACGAAUACAAAGUUGAGCUCGACGAGGAGCUCGUCCGAAAACAUGCUAAGGCCUUAG